AUGACUCCAGAAGGCGGUCUGAAUGGUUCGGGCUCGCCUAUAUCUCAGCGCCAUGAUCAUCCUUCCGUUUCCCGACCUGAGCAGAGCGCAGCAGCUACACGAAAACCUCCAGCCGGACUUGAGCAAGCGCGUACAUAUCUACAGCAACUCUACGACGCGCGAUUAAGAGACAGAGACUACGAUUUCAAGAAGGUCUUCACCUGCAGGAUAUCUCAGUCUGAGUGGUCAGGUCUAUGUUCAGAGCUCGACCUUGAAAGCCCGUGGUCAGAAAGGUACAAGGGGCCUCGAUUUUCAUACAACAGCGCUACAUCAACUCUCAAAAUUUACGCCAUGACUUCCUGGAUACACGAAACCGUGGUCAGCUUUUUCAGUGAACACUUUCAUGUUCUAUUCGCUCGUGCCCUCCCAAAACGUCUUCGACAGAAGAUUCAAGUUUUCACAGGUCUGAAGGUGGAUGGAUUUCACCCGCCCUUUGAAGAUUCAAGCAAAGUCCCAGAUCUCGGAAUUUUUAUGGACAACGACAAUACUGAAGAAAUAGACCUUAAAUGGGCUCUUGAGGUUGGCUUCUCCGAAAGAUAUGACGACCUUCUGGAAGACAUUCCCAUGUUUCUUAUCGGCAAAGCGACAUGUUCCAUGGCUAUUCUCGUCAAAAUCACGGAAAGUCCAACAUAUCGAUGCCCGCUUGAUUUCGACUUGGAUAUCUGUGAAGGACUCAAUAUACCUCAGGAUGUGGGACAGAUUGUUCGAAAGGAUUUCUCUCUAGAAGGAGACUACGGCCCGGUGAAGUUCAAAGGACAUCAGUGGGCGGGACAGAUCUCAGCAUUUCUAGAGGUUUGGACUUGCAACCCUCGCACUGGAGAACCAAGACGAAAGAGACUUUCUCGAAUGGAUAUUAUUCCUGCAAAAAACUCGUCUCUUCAAUUCCAACUCCGCGAUUUUCUCUACAUGAACGAUGAUCAAGAGACAUCCUUGGAUUGGGACGAACUCCGAACGCGACUCAAGGUCUGCCUUCAAUCCGAGGCUGUGUCGAGGUGCCGCGCCUGGCUUCACGAAAGUAGAAAGCGUGCAGGUUUGGACGACACUGAGCGACAUUUCUGA